CUUUCCUUCGGUUAACCAUGACCCUCGCGUCUGCUUCUCCUUUCUGUGUUUCCUAUAGACCAGGGCUCUUCAAUUCUGGACCUCGAUGCCUUGUUUUCAGUUCUCCCAGGUAGUUAGUUUAAUAAUUACUGAUUCUGAUUGGCCAGAGGCUUCACACCUGACUGACAGGUAAAGGAAGGCUGGAAAACCAGCAGUGCUCGGACCUCGAGGACCGAAACGGUGACGGAUGCCUUUUAGGGAAGCUGUUUGCAUGAGAUAUUAGUGAGGGUUCAGCAGCUUAACCGCUCAGCCAUGGCCCUGCUGGUCCACCUGCUUGCCUGCACCUUCGGACUGGGAUCCUGGGUCGCCAUCAACGGCCUGUGGGUGGAGCUACCGCUCAUCGUCAACAGGCUGCCUGAGGGCUGGGACCUGCCAUCCUACCUGACUGUCAUCAUCCAGCUGGCCAACGUGGGCCCCCUGCUGGUCACCCUCAUGCACAAGUUCUGCCCCGGGAGGCUGAAGGAGCGACUCGUCAUCUACGUUAUUCUGGCCGUCGGAGUGGCGGCCUGCUUCCUGCUUCCUGCCUUCUGGACGAAGACCUCGGUGAUGCUCGGCUCGCCGCACAGUACCGCCUUCCUCGUCAUCACCUUCUUCCUGUCCCUGGUGGACUGCACCUCCUCGGUCACCUUCCUGCCUUUCAUGAUGCAGCUGCCGGCCAAGUACAUCACCACAUUCUUCAUUGGCGAGGGCCUCAGCGGCUUCGUGCCCGGGCUGGUGGCCCUCGCGCAGGGCGUGGGCAUCGCCAAGUGCGUCAACGUCACCCUGUCCCCCAACAGCACAACCUCGAACACAAGCACCAUCCAGACCCAGUACCUCCCUCCCAACUUCUCCACGGAGAUCUUCUUUUUCUUCCUCGCCGCCAUGAUGGUCCUCAGCUUGAUCGCCUUUGUCCUCCUAAACCGGGUUCCAAGAACAUGUGAACUUUCGAGGGAGAAUCUUGCGGCCGAAUCAGUGGUCUCCGUCUCCGAUGGCCUGAACAGCCCUGAGGUGCUGACAGCCCCAAGCGAUGGUGGCCCUGCUGAACCAGGCCAGUCCUGGCUCCGGCUUCUGAAGCCGGCAUACUCUAGGCACCAGUUUGCCUUCAUUUACUUCCUGGUGAUCUGGGUGAACGGGCUGACCAAUGGCGUGCUGCCGUCAGUGCAGACGUACUCCUGCAUGCCCUAUGGGAACGUGGCCUAUCACCUCUCUGCAGCCCUUGCGGCGAUGGCCAACCCUGUAGCUUGUGUCAUUGCCAUGUUUCUCCCUAAAAGGUCCCUGGUGUUCCUGGGCCUCCUGUGUCUACUGGGGACGGCCUUCGGUUCAUACAACAUGGCCAUGGCCGCCCUCAGCCCCUGCCCCCCGCUCCAGGGCUCUGCGGCAGGAGAAGCCCUUAUCGUGAUAUCCUGGGUCCUCUUCGUGGGGGCGCUGUCCUACGUGAAGGUGAUGCUGGGGGUGAUUCUGCGGGAUCACAGCCACAGCGCCCUCGUUUGGUGCGGGGCGGCGGUGCAGACCGGCUCAUUGCUGGGGGCGCUCAUCAUGUUCCCGCUGGUCAAUGUGUACCACGUGUUCCGCGCCGGGGAUUUCUGCGGCACCAAGUGUCCCCUGUGAAGCCGAUUUAAAAAAAAAAAAAAACCAUCCAAGCAUAUUAUGGGGGAAGGUUGUUGAAGUACCCACGAACAAUAUUUAUUGAUUGAUUUUUUUUUUUUAUCUCUUGAGUCCCGAUCCUUUCAUCGAUAAUGCAAGCAAUGUUUAUUGGACCAUAUAUUUUAGUUUUAAGCACCAUCGCCACAGACAAACCAUACCGAGAAGCCGAGAGUAAACACUGAGGGUGAGUUUUUCAGCUAAAAGUUAAUUUUAUAGUAUACAAUUCUAUUAAUGUUUUAAUUUUAUGUACAUUAACAUUUAAUAUCUGACUGUAAAACGCGGUCUUUUUAUUCUGAUGCAAAAGUUUUGUUGCCUGGUUUGUCUCGCAACCCUAUAAGCUGUUUCCGCUGAGAAUUUGUAACGAAUUCAUACGUCCUUCGUGUGGUUGUCAUUUCGACAAGCCAACACUAGAGGGGGCGCCAGACCAAAGAAAACGCCUCCGUCUUCAGAACAUCCGCACGUCGAGCUCCUGUAAUGUGCCUUACUGCCUUCUCAGGUCACUGACUUUCAAAAUGAAUUUAUUCGAGUAAAGCAAGAGGCGAGGAACUGAGCUUUUCCUGCUAGGGGUAAUUGAACUCCAGUGUUUGUAUGACCGUGUUUGUUUUUUGGCUCCAGGAUGAAAAAUUUACCGGUCUAAUCUUAUUAAUUUGCAUGAUAGAAAGAUAAUCUGAAUAAUGUCCGUUUUUAUCUUAAAUUUUAUGUCUGCCCAUGCUAAUAUGUUGAAUGUCUGUGAACAGUGUAUAUGUUAAAUGCUAGUUAUUUAGUUCACUUGCUGGCGCUUAAUUAAUCAAAUUCAUUAUGACCGAAGUAGUCAAACCAUGUUUUCCUGCUCUAACUAAUCUUAUCGCGGUUUGCGGCUCUGAAAGGCACCGGGGUUGUACGUGACUUUGUUGAAUUCUUUGUCGGCGUUGUUUGGCAAAGUCAGGAAUGGGUUGCAUCGCGCCGAACUUUGACUGCAGUUCCCGCAGGACCGCCGUGUGACCCUGACACGCCGCCUUGCAGUCUUUGUGCGGGAGCGUGGGUGUUUUCUUUCCCUCCACCUCCAUGCCACCCCGCUCCGUUUCCGCGUCGGCGGGUUGGGGGCGCCUCGGCGUAGCCAGCGGGGGCCGCACGCAUAUGGCCGUGCCUCCUGGCGGAACCGGACGGUGCCAGGGUUCCAUGGGAAAGGGACUGUCCCCUCUCCAGUCCACAGCUGUCGCCUGCCUGCUCCCCUUCGCCGCGGACAGGGCAGGGGCGGGCUGGGGUGGGGUGGGGUUGUGGGGAGGUGAGGGCACUAGGUCAGGCAAAUACAAAGGACGUGUCAUGGCCCUAGGUUUGUGUUUGGAAACACUAAUUAAUCACAGGCAGAAGGAGGUUCUAUCAGCUGCUGGAUCGGGAUGUGGUCACCAGAGAGCGCCCCCUGGAUCUCGCCUUGCCUCCUGGAUGUCCUUCUUGUUCUGAGGUCAUUUGAGGAGCGUAGGAUAGAUGGAACUGCCCCAGCUGCUACCGAGAAUGCAAAAGGCCAUCGGGGGAGGGGCCACAUUCUUCAUAACCCCCUUACAUGCAGGCUGGGGGGCUUCAGUCAGUUCUGGCGGGGGAGCACCUGUUACCCUGCAGCAGUUCUACAAAUAAAACUGUCCGGCGGCUUCUUAAAUGUGACUGGAAAGCUCUGGGCCGCCUCGGUGCCCGCAGCCAGUUUUUACACCUGGGGCAGUUCGGAAUGAGCUCCGUGGGGAACAGCAAGGACACCUCACGAAAUUCCGGCUCGGCGCUCCGUGUCCUGCUGCUCCAUAGGCACACAGUCCUGCCUUUCUCGUCCUCCGGCCUCCUGUUUCCGAACAAGUGGGAUUCAUAACUGAGCAAACGAGAUUCAAAUGUGUGAUCCAACAUAAAAGAAUUAACUGGGGAGUGAAUAGCGGUGGAGAUUAAUGAUUGUAAUCAGUAUCAUUUGACAGCAGGCUUUCUCCUUGGCCAUGAAAAUACAAACUGUGUUCUUUUGUUGUUUAUUUUUAAUGUCUUAUAUUGUAUCUAAGUUUGUUUAUGUCCUGCGAUGGUCUUUGAUAGCUACCCCAUUGUUGUCAUACAAAGUGUGCAUGUCGCUAUAAUUUUAUCUGUGCCAGGAAGUGACAAGAGAUGAACAGAGAGGAUGCAAAAGAAAUAAGUCCAGAAGCCUCCAGAUAUCACUCCGAGUAUGGGAACGAACGGGGGGAGGAAACACCCGAAUACCCGAACAAAACGACGGCUGGAAUAAUUAGCUCCAUUCCGUAAUUGGAGCACACCGGUCCGCAUUGAAAUGCAAAGCGCCGGUUUGAGAGCUCGACUCUCCUCCAAUUUGUCAGAUGGCCACUGCUCCUCCAGCUGGCCAGGAGGGGCCGUCACCACCUGGACACUCCCCCCCCACCCCCACCCCCCCUGCUCCUAUGAGAUCCUGCCACCGUCGCUCCGGUGCAGAGCUGGCCUGCAGUGCUGGGGAGAGGCCCAUCUGCUCAGAGAAAGGGGGGACGGGGUGGGGGGAGGGCACCUCCGGGACACGGGCCCCUCCCGGCUGGGGCCCCGCUUGGCCAAAUGAGCAGUCUGGGGUGGCUGCUGUCAAUCGAAACAAGAUUAGCCUCAUUUAACUGCCGUCCUGUGAUAGGGAAGGCGCCCAGUCGUCACUCCUUCCAGCGUGUCCAGAGGCUCAAUCAUCUCUACUCAAUGCAGCCAUUCGGACGUAUGUAGUACAUCGUCUUAGUCUAUAAUAAAAUGCUUUACAGUUUCUGAGUUUUCUUUUUCUUAAUCACAUCUAUGAUGUCAGCUUAUCUAAUGAAGGUAAUCUGCUUUACCUCUAUCCCGGACUGGAGAUUAGUAAUUUAAAUGAAUGGUGAGUACAAAAACUGAACACUAGCUUGCUGGAAAAAAACUUGCACGUUGGACUUUUGCUGAACUAGCAAUUCCUGUUGGCUAUUAAUAAAAAUUCUCAAGUUCCCA